AUGAGCAUUCUUUAUUCAUUCGUCAUAGCAGAGCAGUCGGCAGCUGCCCAGCUCGAGUCUCUUGGAGAGGAAAAUGAGCGAAUCCGAGAGGUCAGAGAAGGACAACGAACUCUUGCACCUGCGUCUCUCCGACAGCCUGCAAGCCAAGGUUCGCAGCCCUACAGACUUUCACACAGGAGACGAGGAUCCGGCUUCUUGCACUUCAAGGCUGAAUGUGGUUUCCCUCCACCGAACAAGACGACGGCUGCUGCAAGAAUCGCCUGCGAGACGUGGCACGAGCUUUGCAUCACCCUCGACUCAUGCGCGGGUCUUCUUGCCAUCGAAGGCGUCAGGCGAGAAGAGGAUGGGCACGUGGAGUGCCAGGAGGAGAUGGAGGAGAGGAAAGAACAGAACUUCGUCAUCUUCCGACUCAACUGCUGUCGUUUCCUCUGCCACUCGCGCGACUACGUGAUGCAGGUCGACGACGAGAGUCUUGAGAGGCUCAAAGCUGGUCUUGCAGCACGGGGGCUUCCUGUAGUCUCGCCGGAGAGGGGGCGAGCGGCGCUACGGCAGACAUUUCUGCACAUUGGGCAAGCUAUUCGUGUGAUUACCAACCGCUCCUUUCCUCUGGUGACCUCCAACUCUCCCCUCCAGGGCACUCCGUGUGUUCGCCUGUUUGGGCAGGACGUGAAUGGAUAUGAUGUACAGGUUCUCAUCGCGAUCUUCGAUCAGGACAUGAGGUUUGAGUUGACUCGAGGGCUCCUCAUUAGUGGCUGCCUCGAAGCUUCUCCAGAGGCCUUCAAGGAAAUCAUCGGGCCGAUCGAAGACUCCCUCUAUCAACUGCCGCUGGAGGACAUCAUGCAAGGAGAGCAUGCUCAUACGGGGAAAGAGCCGGGGGCCGGUGAGCAUGCAGAAGAGGAGGCAGAUCUCGCACCGAAUGAGGAUGACGGAGCUCAAGAAUCUGCUGAAGUCUCGAAAGAAAAUAAGGAGGCGACGGAAGAAAACAAGGAGGCGACGGAAGAAAACAAGGAGGCGACGGAAGAAAACAAGGAGGCGACGGAAGAAAACAAGGAGGCGACGGAAGAAAACAAGGAGGCGAUGGAAGAAAACAAGGAGGCGACGGAAGAAAACAAGGAGGCGACGGAAGAAAAUAAGGAAGCGGUGGAACCAGAUCAUCGGCAAGGAGUGGGGGAUGCCAGCCGAGCGAGAGGCGACGUGCGGGUGGAUGAGGUAAGAGAGCUAGUGAGCAUGACGGCUGUGAAUCACUCGCCUGCUCCUGCUCUUGUGGAUGCAACGAGGGAACAUGAGGAUGAGAAUGUGCUGAGAAAGGAAAGGCCGUCAGAAGAGAGGAUGCGGCUUGCUGAGAGCUUCCACCAGAUCGAGCAAGACCUGCAGUUCAUCAAAGACGACCUUCUGCUUCUUUUCCACCAAAGUCGGCUUGAGGCAGCGUAUGCACAGGAAGAGGCUCGAGUGGAGGGAGAGAGAGUGGAGACGCUAGUGGAGGGAGAUGAGAAGAGGAAAGGCAAGGACGAGCAUGAGGAGGAGGCAAGAAAGCGAAACGAGGCUCCUCAACAGUUUCGAGUCGUGGAGUCAGUGAUGAGGGUUGGCGACGUUCAGCAGCAUGCGAAGGGCAGAGGCCAAGGGACGGACAACGAGCGGCGGGAUGAGGGAGAGGUAGGAGGGCACGUGAAGCUUGUCUCAGCAGACUCGCCGAGCUCUUCGCCUGCAGCUGGUGAGCAGAGGGGUUCCACUGUUGCUUGCUGCAGGUUGACGAAGGACGGGACAGGCUCCAAAGGGUCCUCCUCCCUGUCCACCACCUCGCGAGGAGGAGCCGUCGAGCUUGAAAUGGAACUCGCGCAGCGGCUCCUCCUCACAACGCACAAGAUUCUCUCCAUGGCGCACCAACACACGUCCCCAGAUGUCGCUAAAACAGCAGGCGUGCUGCUCGGCUCCUCCCCCCUCCAGCCUGACAACAUCCACACAGACAAGGGGAGAAAAGACCACGAGGUUGACGAGGAGCCCAGCAAGAGCUAUGUGAAACAGCAGUACGCGAGCAGUGCAAUGGGAGCGCAUUUCAUCGACAGAAUGGAAGCGAACGGGUGGGCAGAUAAGGAGCAGUGCCGGCAUACCUCCCCCUUCAAGCACUCGUGCUUGACUAACGGCGAACUCAAGUCUCGUCUGGCGUACGCGAGGACUUUCUUGCAACCAAGCGACGGUAGGGAGCGAUAA